GCCGCUGAUCAACAGUCAUCACAGGUGAGCGCAACUGAAGUCCACUCUCAAUUACCCUCGCAAGGCCGUUAGGACCAAGAUAAUAUAGUAGGAAUCAUGAUCUCCCUAUACUCUGUUAUAUUCACACUGGUGCUGUUCUCUGAGUUUAACACCCGCUCGGUUGUCUUAGCUGUACCGACAGGCAAGCUGGACGAGGGUAGGACAGAGCAGGAGAGCCUGCGAUCGAUACUAGGCGAAGACAUGAUGAGCGACGACGCUCUGGCUGCCCCGAGGUUCAGACAGGACCACAUCCUGGACAACGGACAGGACGACGGCAACACAAAGAUCAUCAUCCUUUCAGACAUUGGACUGAAAGGGCACACCAGACGUGGCAUGAACACAGCUUUCUCCCGAGCCCUUCCUGUCCUCCCCGACCGAGGCACAGAUCACUCUCCUGCUGAAUAUAGCCUGAAAGUAGAGCGCAGGGAGGCCGACCUUGAGAUGCUGCGAUGCAUGAUAGGACGAGUGUACCGACCCUGUUCGCAAGCAUAAGAGUGUGGUGGAUCCUACACUGCCGUCUGUCAAUCUCCUGCAAAACACGAUACGCUUUCUUGAUUUGUUCCUUACAUCUGUGGCAUUGUUUUAAAACACAAAACAUGUAUAAAACUAUUAAAAAUGUUUUGAAAAACCUGAAAACAA